AAAAAGAAAAUAGAAAGAAAAAAAAAACGAAGAAGAAGAAGAAAGGGAUACCGCUACACCGAAAAAUAUCCGCACAUGCGACCAAACAAUAUGAAUAUAAUAUGAGUAAAAAAAAAAUGAGCAGCUCUGAAGAAGUGUCUUGGGUUACUUGGUUUUGUGGUCUACGCGGUAAUGAAUUUUUUUGUGAGGUUGAUGAGGACUAUAUACAGGAUAAAUUCAAUUUAACUGGCUUAAAUGAACAAGUACCGAAUUAUAGACAGGCUCUUGAUAUGAUUCUUGAUUUAGAACCUGAAGAUGAACUCGAAGAUAAUCCAUUGCAAUCGGAUAUGACCGAACAGGCAGCUGAAAUGUUAUAUGGCUUGAUACAUGCACGUUAUAUAUUGACAAAUCGUGGCAUAGCACAAAUGAUUGAAAAAUAUCAAACAGGAGACUUUGGUCAUUGUCCACGUGUGUAUUGUGAAAGUCAACCUAUGUUGCCAUUGGGUUUAUCGGAUAUUCCCGGCGAGGCAAUGGUUAAAGUAUAUUGCCCCAAAUGUAUUGAUGUUUAUACACCAAAAUCAUCGCGUCACCAUCAUACGGAUGGUGCAUAUUUUGGUACUGGUUUUCCACACAUGUUAUUUAUGGUACAUCCAGAAUAUCGUCCUAAAAGGCCUACUAAUCAAUUUGUUCCAAGACUUUAUGGCUUCAAAAUUCAUAGCUUAGCUUAUCAAAUACAGCUGCAGGCAGCAGCCAACUUUAAAAUGCCACUACGAGCGGACUAUAUUGCCCUAUGUCAAGAAAUACUUAGCCGACCAUGUCCCGAUGAUGAAGAAGAGGAACAAAUUGAAGUUGAAGUUGAGAAAAAGGAAGAAUAAA